CUUUGUGAUGAGCUCAUCUGCUGUUUUACCAACACACAUGCCUACAGUGGGCUAAUCAUCAGAAGUGAUGCCUUGUAAAAACUAUAUGCUGUUCUUCGUAGUGACGGCGACUCUGGCGUCUUUAAACUGUUUCAAUGGACUUAGCAUUGAUGCGGGAGCUUUUGUGCAAAGACCUACAUUGCAAGGCAGAGUUUACUUUAGGAGUGUGGGGUCUGAUGACGAAUCCGUGGUCCCAACUCGCUACGGAUCCCUUGCAUUCAGAGAUGGUGAUCAAAAAUUGACCCCUGCCUUGCACAGCUUAAUGGAAUCAAAACUCAAGCGACUGGAUCCAAUUGUACAAUGUAGGGACAACUUGAUGACUCUGAAGGUCAAACGGGCAGGAGCUCCUUACGUUCUCGUGAACAGUGGUGUGGGACUUCUUACACCUCUAACUCAAAUGCCCUCUAGCUGUGGCUUCUCUGUGAAGAGGUCCCGCAGAGAUGUGCUUUUUUCUGCACCCUACCAAGGCUGCCAUGUUACCCAACAGGGUGGUGACUAUGUACUACCACUGCGUUUAUGGGGGGCACCAAUGGCAAUGUCUUGCCCUGCUGUGUUACCCCCACCCUCUGUUUCCUGCUUCCCAACUGGAAUGGUGGUGAAGGUCGGGGGAAUUACAGCAAAUGGACUCAAAGUAAAGGUUUCUGGUGCAUGGAUGUCUCUUUCAUCAGUCUGUGGCAGUUGUGGAUUUGCCGUUGAAGCGACUUCUGAAGGACUGACAGUCACUGCACCCUAUAACAUAGGCUUGUGCAUAGAGAUCAAGGAUGAGAGGCAUUUACUUUCUCUUCUGAUGGUGGAUGUUGAACUCUUAGUCACAUGCCCCUCAUUACCAGAUAUUAAGCCUACCACAACAACAACGACGACAACUAUGCCUCCUAGUGACAGUGGUCAGGUGUUGCAGUUUCCCCAGUUCCACCAGUUUCCAAUGUUUCAACAAUACCCAGUGCUUCCUUUGCCCAGUUAUCCAGCAAACACCCCUUCUCCUACCACAGGUACAGUUGCACCACUGCCCCAACAACCGCAAAUUCCCUCAGGUCCUAACAACAAACACCAAGAAGCACCUGCAGAUCAGCACCCUUCAUUCCCAUUCAUGCAACAGUAUCCACAGUUACCUCAGUACGUCUUCUUUCCCAGACCUGUACCACCAACACAGGCUACUCCUACUAAAAACACUGCUGCUGCUACUGUGGCCCAGUUACCCUCAGGUCCCGCUGCAGAAUCGGGUCCUAAAAACGAAAACCAAGGAGCACCUGCAGGUCAGCACCCUUCGUUCCCAUUCAUGCAACAGUAUCCACAGUUACCUCAGUACGUCUUCUUUCCCCGACCUGUACCACCAACACAGGCUACUCCUACUAAAAACACUGCUGCUGCUGCAACUACUACUGAGGCCAAGUUACCUCAGUUGCCACAGUUACCCUCAGGUCCUGCUGCAGAAUCGGGUCCUAAAAACGAAAACCAAGGAGCACCUGCAGGUCAGCACCCUUCGUUCCCAUUCAUGCAACAGUAUCCACAGUUACCUCAGUACGUCUUCUUUCCCAGACCUGUACCACCAACACAGGCUACUCCUACUAAAAACACUGCUGCUGCUGCAACUACUACUGAGGCCAAGUUACCUCAGUUGCCACAGUUUCCCUCAGGUCCUGCUGCAGAAUCGGGUCCUAACAAUGAAAACCAAGGAGCACCUGCAGGUCAGCACCCUUCGUUCCCAUUCAUGCAACAGUAUCCACAGUUACCUCAGUACGUCUUCUUUCCCAGACCUGUACCACCAACACAGACUACUCCUACUAAAAACACUGCUGCUGCUGCAACUACUACUGAGGCCAAGUUACCUCAGUUGCCACAGUUUCCCUCAGGUCCUGCUGCAGAAUCGGGUCCUAACAAUGAAAACCAAGGAGCACCUGCAGGUCAGCACCCUUCGUUCCCAUUCAUGCAACAGUAUCCACAGUUACCUCAGUACGUCUUCUUUCCCAGACCUGUACCACCAACACAGACUACUCCUACUAAAAACAAUGCUGCUGCUACUGAGGCCCAGUUACCCUCAGGUCCUGGUGCAGAAUUGGGUCCUAAAAACGAAAACCAAGGAGCACCUGCAGGUCAGUACCCUUCGUUCCCAUUCAUGCAACAGUAUCCACAGUUACCUCAGUACGUCUUCUUUCCCGGACCUGUACCACCAACACAAGCUACUCCUACUAAAAACACUGCUGCUGCUACUACUGAGGCCAAGUCACCACAGAUGCCACAGUCUCAACAGCUGCCACAGUUUCUAGUGCCACCCCGGUAUAAUUUCCUGACAUUCCCUAAACUCCAACUGUCUCCAGAAGGCCAGCCUCAAGCUAUUCCAAAUCCCAAACCCUUAAUCCAGCAGCCCAAACCACAGUCUGUGUAUCCCCGGAUCUAUCAGAUGCCUGUGUUGUAUCCUCCACAGAGCGGAGCCACGGGUGGUUCGCGUGGUUUAUCCUUCAGUCGCUGCCGCCUGGCGCGGUGCCCUGGUCGCCUGUAG